CAGUGCAUUACUGGGAAAGGGACGAGGUAUCUGUAUAUAAUUGUUGAGCUUGUGUGAGGAUGGAGUUUAAAUUGUGAACACGGCUUGAUUGUGGAGCGACGGAAUGAAUGUUAGCAGCAGCAACAGCAGAAUAAAACGUUUUUUCCAAAAUAUUCCUGGCAGAAAGACUUUUGGCAUUUAUAGAUUCAUGCCUUUCUUUUUUGUGCUUGGGGCUGGCAUGGAGUGGUUUAUGAUCAAUGUCCGGAUUGGGCAAGAAACCUUUUAUGAUGUUUAUAGAAGAAAGCGGUCAGAGAGAGAGUACCAAGAGAAACUUGAAGAAGGUCUGAUCACUGAGCCUGCUGAAUCUAAAAGCUGAACAAUAUGUUGAGGGAUGAGCUAAAUGAAAAAAAUAAAACUGCUGUUUUAUUUAUAUAUUUUGAGCCUCUUUUAAAACUGGCAAUACUGGAAUCAAGUGGUUGUACUAGUUUCAGUAGAUGGUCUUCUUCACUCUGGUAUUAACUUGUGCUGGUCUAUCAUCUUAUACUGUUAAGAAUGUAUUGCUAGUCAAUUAAACUGAAUCUUCAUAAUUUCAUUUAUAAUGGCUGCCUGUGAUGUUGUUUAGGGCAUCAGAUAUUAUUAAGCUGAAAGCUGCCUAUGUACCUGUGCUUCUUUUGAAUCCACAGUGGUCUAAAACAAAGAACAACACCAAGCAGCUGAAGAAGUUCCAGGACUGAUGACCACCAAGCAGCGUCUGGAUGGUCCUGUGAGCCAAGUGUAAAGACAGUUGUAACUGUAACCCCAUGGUGUACAUGCUGAGGUCCUUCAAGCUGCAGUGCUGCAAGGAGAAGCCUUGAUUUGUGCCAGACUUGUAAAACAAAUAAUGUGGACUCGUUUAAGAUGCAGGUGAAUUGCUUCCCUGCUGUUUUAACAGAUUGUGUGUGCAUAGGCAUGACCUUUCUCACCAAGUGCAGCAGAACAUCAUGUAACCUGUUUGGCACUCUUUUCAUAUAAAAAUAACAUGAAAAUGUUUAAA